ACCGGCCGCGUUCUCUCCGUCGGGUACGUUUUCCAACAGGAGGAAGAUGCAUGGGAUAGACAACACAUGGGCACGAUGGCUCGGACAUGAAUGCCACCGCGGGGUGCUAGUGGGAUGAUGGGACGGACUUGAGACAAGAAUGGGGAAUUGCGAGGCUAACUACGGACGACCACAGUGAUGGUAUCGCCCGUGUGCAUGGUAUGGCCAACGUCCAGGCUGAGGAGCUUGUCGAGUUCUCCUCUGGCGUCAAGGGCAUGUGCAUGAACCUCGAGGCCGGCCAGGUCGGUGUGGUGCUUUUCGGUUCUGACCGUCUCGUCAAGGAGGGCGAGACCGUUAAGCGUACCGGCCAAAUCGUCGACGUCCCUGUCGGCCCUGAGCUGCUCGGCCGCGUGGUUGAUGCUCUGGGUAACCCCAUCGACGGCAAGGGCCCCAUCAACACCAAGGAGAAGCGCCGUGCCCAGCUCAAGGCCCCCGGCAUUCUGCCCCGCCGCUCCGUCAACCAGCCCGUGCAGACCGGUCUCAAGUCUGUCGACGCCAUGGUCCCCAUCGGCCGUGGUCAGCGUGAGUUGAUCAUCGGUGACCGUCAGACUGGCAAGACUGCCGUCGCUCUGGAUGCCAUCCUCAACCAGAAGCGCUGGAACAACGGCAACGACGAGACCAAGAAGCUCUACUGCGUCUACGUCGCCGUCGGCCAGAAGCGUUCCACCGUCGCUCAGCUCGUCAAGACCCUCGAGGAGAACGACGCGAUGAAGUACUCGAUCGUCGUUGCCGCUACUGCCUCUGAGGCUGCUCCUCUGCAGUACAUUGCUCCCUUCACUGGCGCUUCGGUCGCGGAAUGGUUUCGUGAUAAUGGCAAGCACGCCCUUGUGGUCUACGACGAUCUGUCCAAGCAGGCCGUCGCGUACCGUCAGAUGUCUCUGCUGCUGCGUCGUCCCCCCGGACGUGAGGCCUACCCCGGCGACGUCUUCUACCUCCACUCUCGUCUGCUCGAGCGUGCCGCCAAGAUGAACGACAAGCACGGUGGUGGCUCCAUGACUGCGCUGCCCAUCAUUGAGACCCAGGGUGGUGAUGUGUCUGCCUACAUUCCCACCAACGUCAUUUCCAUCACCGACGGCCAGAUCUUCUUGGAGUCCGAGCUCUUUUACAAGGGUGUCCGCCCGGCCAUCAACGUCGGUCUCUCCGUGUCUCGUGUCGGUUCCGCUGCGCAGCUCAAGGCCAUGAAGCAAGUCGCUGGUUCCCUCAAGCUCUUCUUGGCCCAGUACCGUGAAGUCGCUGCCUUCGCCCAGUUCGGUUCUGAUCUCGAUGCCGCCACCAAGCAGACGCUGGCUCGUGGUGAGCGGUUGACCGAGCUCCUCAAGCAGAAGCAGUACUCGCCCAUGGCCGUCAACGAGAUGGUUCCCCUUAUCUUCGCUGGUGUCAACGGCUACCUCGACUCGGUCCCCGUCAACAAGAUCCUCCAGUGGGAGGCUGACUUCCUCGCCCACCUCAAGACCAACGAGGCGGACCUCAUGGCCACCAUCGACAAGGAGGGUGCCAUCAGCAAAGACCUCGAGAACAGGUUGAGGGAGGUGGUCCAGAGCUUCACCAAGAGCUUCCUGGGUUAAAUCUACACGAGUAAUAUCAAGCGUUCCUAGGACUCUACGGGGGGUUAGCCGGGAAUGAGGGAGGAUGUCUAUACCGCAGCGCGCCGUGUGUUUCUAGGGCAGGGGAUUUCCGUUUUCGUGUGCUGGACUGAGCAAGGCGCGCAAGAAAAAGGGGAUCCUUCGGUCAAAGCCAUUGUAACAUAGAGUCAAGACUCAAUUAAGCACUCGAUUCCUUUUGUUCUUGAACUGUUGCGUUCGGAAUCAGGGGUAUCAUACCAUAGGUGGGUUACCACGGUUACUUGAUGGUCGGGUGGGGCUCUUAGUGUACUGUAUAUCCUGUUUGGUGACAUCAUGGGCACACUCCCUACUUGAGAUUAACCAAGGUAAAGUACAUGUACGA